AUUAGUGCUAGUGUGCUACUAAUAAAAGAACCCUCCAACACCUACCAAACCCCCUUUUACCAGUCUCCCUAUUUCCUAUUUCUGUUCAUAUUCUCAUUUUUUCCGGCAGGUAAGGUUUUGUUUCUUCUUUUACAUACAGUAUUUCUUCCUUGAUUCUUGCAUCAUAUCACCUCAAUCUCCCUCCGAUCUGCAUGUCAAUUUACUGUUCAUAUUGUAUAUAUAUAUAUACACUUUGCUUGAAGGUAGAGUAAUAAUUGGGGGAAGAAAAUGGAUUUUAGGGAUGGUAAAAAGAAGAUGGGAAAGAGUGAUAAUGAUUUGGAUAGAUUAAGCAUGUUACCAGAUGAUCUGAUUCACAAAAUCCUUUCUUUUAUUAGCUCUAAAGAAACUGUCAGAACUAGUGCUUGGUCAUCUAGGUAUAGGUUUAUCUGGACUACAAUGCCAUACUUCAAUUUCUCAACUUAUGAUUUUCCUGAGAUGCGGAAAUUUUCCAAGUUUGUUACACAGUUUCUGAAACGUCGCAAUAGUCAGAUAGACGUGUGUUUUCUCGAGCUUAGAUAUACCGGAAAGGUUGCCCUACCACCAUCUGUUAAGAAACUUAUGGACUAUGCGUUCUCUCACAGUCUCCAACAACUUAAUAUUGAAUGUUUAUAUCAGAAAGACAUUGAAUUUCCCCUCUCAGUAUUCACUUCCGGCUGCCGGUCUCUCAAACAUCUCAGUUUGAAAAAUGGAUCCUUUAGAUAUGUCCUUAAAGCCAAAUCAACUUUGGAGCUCCCCGCUUUAACAACAUUGUAUCUCCGAGGUGUCGCUUUCUGUAGUAAUGACCAUACUGGCCUUUUAUCAAAGUGUGCAAACUUGAAGAAUCUCACCUUAGAUUACAACUGUAAAACAGAGGAAUUGAGUAUUUUCCAUUCUGGACUAGCGAAUCUCACGAUUGAUGUAGGGCGCUUCAGUGGUGUAAAUGUUGUUAAUGUGGUUGCACCUCAACUCGAGAAUCUCACUAUCAGAUCCCACGGCAAUAGUAGGCGGAUGUAUGUGAUUUCUGCACCUAAUCUUGCCUCCUUGGCUUAUAGAAGUUACUCUCCUUUGUACCUAUCUACAGAUGGUUUCCAUUGUUUAAACGAGGCAGAUAUUUGGGUUAUAGAUCCAGAUGUUGAUGAUGCUCAUCAGAUGGUUUGUCUGCUUCAACUGCUCCGCAAUGUCAGAUUUCUUACACUUAACUUGGAAAUUAUUGAGCUUCUUUCUUCAUCCGUUGAACUAAUCUCUCAACAACCUUCUACGUUUGUUAACUUAAAGAGUUUAACUAUUUUUCCAAAAAAGAUUUUGGGGUGGGAGACAAAGGGCCUGCCAAAAGGGAAAGUCAAUUUGUCGACUGAAGUAAAAAGAUAUUUGCUGGAUGGUUCACCAGGGGCCACCUUAACAAUGUUUUCCCGUGAGAUCAUGCAGGAGAUUAUAGCAAUCGAAGGCAUCUCAUCAACAUGAAAUCUUAUGGCUGAAUUACGGGUAGGGAUGUGCACGGUUUGGUCCAAACCGGUUAAACCAUUUAAACCGAGGUAUUUGGAAGGAUUGGUUGGUUUUAAAUCAAAAUUUUGAACCAUUGAUUUGUUUUUUCCGUAAACCAUUUGUAUGGUUUGGUUUUAGAUAUUAUACAAUCCGGUAAAACCAAACCGGACCAUUUAGUUAUAAUAAUUGUAAGUUUAUAUUUAUAUUAAUAGUUAAUAAUGUAAAUCAUAUAUAUAUAUACUUAUUUGUCAAAGUUGUAGACAUGAUAUCGAAUCUUAAAUUGUUAGGUUUGUUUUGUCUAAUAAGACUUAUGGAUAUUUUGUUAUGUCAUGAUAUCGAAUCUUAAAUUCUACGUAUUAUUUUUUAGUAGUAUACAUUUAAUUUCAAAAAAAAAAAAAAAUCAAAAAACCGUUUAACCGUCCAAACCAAACCGGAUUAAUUGGUUUUAGUUGGUUUGGUUUGACAUAACAGUUUGGACGGUUUGGUUUGUAAAAUCGUGAAACUGUAUGUAUUGGUUUGGUUGAGAUUUUUGACUAACAUCGUCCAAACCGGACCAUGCACAUCCGUAAUUACGGGUGCUUCUGGAACAAGGAAAAGCUAAUACCGAGACCCAAGAGAAAGCACCAAUGGAGAGCGACAAUGCAAAGAUGCAUAAGAAAAGGGAGGCACAACUUCAAAUUGGGGGAAACAUUGGACGGAGCAAGAGUUGUUGGAAAGAUCUGAGUGUGCAGUUUGAGCAAGGGAUAGCCAAGGCUUGUCUCAUUAUUUCCAUGUUGGAGAGAAUUAAAGGGUUAGUCAAAAAUCUGCCCGCAACAAACCGUGCUAUGAUUCAAUGUUUUUCUAGUCUUUGUGCCAAAACUGACACCGUCUUGAGUAAAAUAAAAGAUUGCAUGAAGAUGCAGUGUGAUGAGAAUCAAAGCCGUACAAGUGUCUAUUUUCAUGAACUUGAUACAAGUACAACAACGGAACCAUCUUCUUAGCAAAUUGUAUGAUGUUUUUUUGUUAUUACCCUAAUGCAAUAGCGAGCAGCCUAUUUGUACAAGUUGGAACGGCAAAGUUAUAAACUCCUAGAAGAUGUUGACUCAAGCAGUAAAGCAUAUCAUUUUUUUGCUGCUAUGAUGCACACAGAUGACAUUGAUCAUAUAUCAUAACGCACAACGCUAAAAACAUCCCAUUAGAGAUGGUCUAAGAUACCACUCAAGUGAACGGUAUUUAAGGUUGGAUUUUUUUCUUUUUUGAUUGAUAAAAGACACGAGAUGUGUUUGGUAGAAGGAAAUGGACAAGGAGAAAUUGAAAUGAUUUCAUUUCCCUCGUUUGGUUGAUCUGAGAAAAAGAACAGGAGAAAUGUAAAAUUCUCAGAGAAAUGCUUCCUUUACAUUUUCA